GCUUCAGGCCCUAGUGGUCACUUCUCCCACUAGGGCUGCAGUCGUAGACGUACAGGGGGCUUUCAAAAAAAAAUCACCAGCGGAGGUCGGAGGGUUCUCACACCCGGAAGAAAACCUCCCUGGAGUCUACCCUGCAUCUCUACACCCUUGGAGAGAUUGGGCUUGGAGUCCAGGUACCCAACAGCACCCCCUUGUCAAUCAUCUGUGCUCCCACCCCCAGCCCAGGCCUCUGGGAGGCUCUGAGGCAAACUGGGGGCCUGUGGGGUGGGGUUGAGAGACCCGCUGUGAGUGCCGCUGCCUCUGUGACCCAGGAGCACUGUUGCUCCCCUCACCUGUGGAGACCAAGAAAGACGCAGGAACCCACCUCGCCAGCGUACGCACCCUUCCUGACACAAAAUGUCCGCGAAGAAUGAGUCUCUGUUACCGUAUUACACGGCCCAGAGUGGCUCCGGAGUUGGCAUGUUCAACACCACCAUGGGGAAACUACAACGGCAGCUGUACAAAGGCGAGUACGACAUCUUCAAGUACGCACCCAUAUUUGAGAGUGACUUCAUCCAGAUCACCAAACGGGGCGAAGUGAUCGAUGUGCACAACCGUGUCCGAAUGGUGACCGUGGGCAUCGCGUGCACCAGCCCCAUCCUCCCUCUCCCUGAUGUCAUGCUGCUGGCCCGGCCAGCCCCCGGCUGUGAAGAGUUUCCCGGACGCGGCCAGACCACCAAGGGUAAAAACCGCAAGGCUGGGAAGACCUUGGAGCUCACUAGGCUCCUGCCUUUGAAGUUCGUAAGGAUCUCUGUUCACAACCGUGAGAAACAGCAGCUACGCCUCAAGUUCGCUACCGGCCGGUCUUGCUACCUGCAGCUGUGUCCCCCUCUCGAGGGCCGGGAUGACCUCUUUAUCUAUUGGGAGAAGCUGAUCUACCUGCUGAGACCGCCUGUGGACAGUAACAGCAGCACCUAUGCCAUCCCAGCAGAGGACAUGGUGUGCAUGCCUCUGCUGGAGGAAGAAGAAAAGAACAGUGCGACGGCCGUCGAGCCCCAGGGAAAAGGGGAACCAGACCAGGUCAGUGUGAGAAGCCUCCCCAUGGCUACGGACGUGAACGGGGUCAGCUCGGCUGCUUUUGCUGGUGGCGAGGGAAUCCAUCAUGACUCUUACAGAUCCUCCCCUGUGCCCAGCGCAUCCACCCCCAAAGCAAAACCAAAAGACCUCACCAAAGAGCCAGCAGCAGGGACAACAUCAGAGGCGGUGGGUGGCCUAGCGGGUGCUUUGAGCUUGGCAGCAGCCAGGUCUGUGGGCCCUGGACAGAAAAAUGCAGCCUUAGCAGGGAGCGCCGUCAUGGGUGCAAGAGGAAGCAAAAGCCAUUUGGCCAUUGCGAGCGCUGGCAAGAUGUCCCCGAAAAGUAUGAAGGCUGCCUUGGCAGGGACAGCCAGCAGGUCCCUGGAGUAUAUUUCCAGUACAUCCACCAGCCUCUCCCGAAAAGACAGCCUGACUGUGGCAAUUGCAGGAAUAGAACCUACCAGCAAGUCUGUUGGAGAAGCAGCAGCCGAUCCAGCCCCAGCAGCCCUUGCCCUGAGCGAAAGCCACACCGAUGGGCAGACUGGAGAGCAGAGAGCCCCCGAGGGCAGCACUGAAGCCAAUAAAGAAAGGAGAGAAAGAAGGGAGCGGAGGGCAAAGGACAGGGCUGGCAGCAGGAGUUCCCGUCGCCAGAGAACAGGAGAAAGCCGCCGCAAGACAGCGGGGGACAAGGCGGUCCGCAAGCCAGCCAGCCGCAGAUCCACUCGGGCCGCCGCCGAGAAGAAGGAAAAAGGCUCCCUUAGAGGCAGCAAGCAUGGCAGGUCGCACAAAGGGGUCAGCCACGUCCCCAUCACGAAGGAGUCCCGGAGCUCCCACAAAUCAGGCAGGACCCUCUCCACCAGCAGCUCUGCGUCUGCCAACAAGAGGGUGGGCAGAAUCAGCUUGUUCCUGAGGAACAUCAGGGCCAACCUGGCUGCGAAAGGCCUGGCGUCACAGCGCGGCCAAGACAUGGACAUCGUGGCCAAGACCCUGGAGACAACCGACGUGGAGGCCAUCAUGGAGACAGAGAAUGGCCAGGGCCUGGACAUCAUUGGUUCUGUGACAUCCGAGGUCAUGGAGACAGUGACCUUUGAGGCUCAUUAAAGUACAACUCAGGGCCCAAAACUGCAAAGGGCCCAGGGCCCAGGGCGAACCCCUAGAGUCGAUUCCAGCUUUCUUACUGCAGUUUGAAUAAAGAACCAUUCUACCUGA